CCAGCUUCAACCAAGCAGUAUGGCUCGAGCCGUCAUCCAACUCGCGGCAAUCGCGACAUGCGUUGUCCUUUCACUGACUGCGGAAGAUCGACAAGCACGUUCCGGUGAUCUAGAUCGAGGGCCUCCUUUGAUAACAGAUGUCCAUGAAAGUGAUUUUUUUGUCGAUGAACGGGAUAGUGUUGGUGAAGAAUCGGACAUUGGCAAAUUGAACUUAGAGCCUCAAAGGGCUGCUCACAAUGCUGGGCCUUUGCAAUUUUCGGAAAAUGUCCAAGAGCCACUUCUCGUCUAUGCUAGUUCAGUGAAAAUCCCAAGAGAUGCAGAGCCGAGAUUUGGCAAUAAUAAUUUCAGUGGGAAUAACUUUGAGUCGGCAGAGAAUGCGGGUGCAGGUGCACAAUUAGCAGACGAUGUUGAUCGCUGGUUUUUGCAGAACUUGCGGUUCAAGCUACCCUUUAAGGAAAAUGCUAGUCCACCGUCUAUGGUAGAUCAAGAGAAAACUGACCUUGUCCAGCAAGGUAGGUUAGUGGGUUCUGGGACGCCUGAAAUCACCUUUGAUGAUGCCGAUGAAGAUGCCAUGGCUUUAAAGAGACGGUUAGAAAUGAGUACAGAAUUUUUCCUAGUUCCUUCAAGCAGCACACCUUCAACUUCAACUUCCCAAUCAAAACCCCAGAACACAGUGACUGUGGGAGAAACUGAAAGAAUUGCGGGGGUGUUUAGGAACGAAGUCUGGGUAGUGCCUGUUUUGGCUCUUUCAGCCAUUACCAUGGUGCUAAUAGUUGGGUUCGAAAUAUUUGUAUUGUGCAAAGCAUGGCGAACGACGCCUAGUCGAAGGCAUCUUUUCUUGGGACAGAUGUUGCUACUGGGACUUUUUUCUUGUGCCGGAUUAGCUUCUGUAUUUGCAGCAUCCCCAACACAAUUUACCUGUGCGCUAAUGCGAUUUGGCACAGGGGUGGCCUAUGCCAUAGUUUUCGCUUCACUUUUAGUUAAAUGUGUAUUUCUCAUUAGUCUUAAUGGGGGUGUCUAUUUACCAGCACCCUAUCAAGGACUUCUACUGCUUUUUGCAAUUCUUAUUCAGGUGGCCAUAGGAGUUCAGUGGCUAUUAACUAGCCCUCCACUAGUUGAUGCUGUUACAGUGGAUCGAGUUAUCCAUCCAAAUAGAAAUAGACUAUUAGUAACGGCGGCUGACAUUUCUUCUACGCAAGUGAUCCCAUUAUGCCGUACACCAUACACGGACAUGUUACUUUCCUUGAUUUAUGUGAUCUUUCUCAUCAUUUUCGUGACGGUUUUGGCAGUAAAAUCGCGAGGAAUCAGAGACAAUUAUCGGGAAGCCACCUACAUUGGACUUUCGGUAGGUUGCAGCAUACCAAUGUGGUUAAUAUGGACUAUUAGUGGCCUAGUGGUAAGCGAAAGACAUAGAGACGCUUGUAUAGCUUUCGGAAUCGUGAUCAUGUCAAUCAUGGUAUUUCUUAUCAUGUUCAUGCCCAAGGGCAGGCAACUUGCCGCUAUGGGCAAAGAAGGAGUUUACAUCGAAGACAGGGAGGAUCGAUUUAGUUCACUGAGCAGAGCGGGAUCCGGAUACUCUCCUUCAUUUUUCCAUUUCAAACCAAUCAAGUAUGGAAUGAAUCAUGCCACCAAACAUCAGCCUAUUGCAACUUUAAGAGCUGGAGAUUUGGCUGUGUGUCCGGCACCUCCAAGUUACACUCGCCUUUUCCAGUAUCCACCCGGGUACUACUCCACACGGUACUUACCAGGUGGUCUCUACUUGAGACCUGACGAUGGUAAUUUGUACACGACACUGGAGCCAACCCUGAGCAGCAAUCCCAAUGUGUACUUUCAAAGAGGAAACGGCCUGCAUCCUGGCAUGAUGUAUUGAAUUCGUAAUGGGAGAUUACCCAGAAGUCGCCUUUGAAGAAGAGGCAAAAGUGCAACGGCAUACAUUACAAAUGUAAAUGAUUCAUAUUGUAAAUCGCGACAUAAGCUUUUGAAAACCAUUUGGAAGAGUUAAGGAUGAUCAUUAUCUGUAUUAAGUAUUUUCUGAAAAGUUUCAAGUCGCACCACAGGAAACAGAUACUUUCAUGUGAUUUGUCCUGUUUAAGACUUGGGUAAUAUUCAUAAAUUGGCCCAACAUUUCACCCAUCACUAUUUAUUAUAUUUUUUUACCAUUCGUGAGCGGUAUUAAUUGUAGGAUGCUCGGAAAAGCAAACGUUUAUAAUGACAAAAACGAAACCUAAGUACAAGUACUUAUACGUUUGCCAUAUUCAGUAGAUUUUAGUAAAAUUAGCUCUUCAUACUGUAGUUACUUUUUCUAUUGGGCCGCUUUCUUUCGAGAACCGAAAGUCACAACGUAAAAGUUACAAGUAGAAAUAAUGUAGAAUUACUAUAAGGAGUGUAGUUUUAGUUGAGAAUCAUUAUGAUCUCUGUGAUCAACCAUAACAGUUUAGUGUUUAGUUGUAAAUAUGCAAACUUGUUCAGGUUAUAACACUGUAAACAAGGCAAAUAUUUACGUAGUUAGCAUUAUUGCGAUUUUAUUUAAUUUCCUUUCCAGUCCGUAAUUAUCAUGUAGCGAUUAAACAAAUAGCCAUUUUUUAUGUAAAAUAAUAACUGAUGCAAUAAAACUGACUGAUCGGUUUUCACCAUAUCUAGAGCAUAGCUAUCCAAUGAGUAUUAUCUGAACUAUUUUUAAUUUAAUUAGGUUUAGCUGCCUUUUUGUAAAUUUUAUUUUACAGCAGUAAUAAACGUAAUACAUUAUUUAGACAUUAUGAAUGAUUCCAUAAUAAAUUUUUGCAUCUAAUCACA